GGCACAAUCACCACUGAAAUAGCUGAACUAAAAACCAAAGCAGCAGAAGCGGUCUCCGCAUCCACAGUGUGUUGGCUCGUUAGCUUUUAUUUGUCCUUCUUGUUGUAGCAUUCAGUAAGUGAGGUUUGCGUGUCGCGCUUUGUGCACCUCAUCGACGGAGUUCCACCUCCUCUGCCACCGCGCCUGAACCGCAAUGUCGUGGCAGGACGACUGCCUGGUGCGACUCAGCGCUGCGGCCCAGGACACGCAGCUGACUCUACAGCAUCUUCGCUGCGUGAGUGCGCUUCUGCAGUCCGUCAUCGACGGACUGUCGAGCGUCACGGCGGUUUCGCUGUGCUUUCCUCCAACCGACCCAUCACCAGUGUCAUCUAAUGAGCAGAAAGGUCUUCUGGGGAUUCCGACAGAUAGCACAGUGUGCGCACACAACAUCGAACUCGUUUCAUCUCAUGCAGUCGGCACCGCCUGCAUUCCGGCCGAUCCGUUCUGGCGUGUCUGGCGUGCGAGCAGCGCCGUAGAUGCACUCUUUCACCGCAGCGGGAUGUCGACGUCAAUCAGAACCUUCGAAAGCACCGUCACGGCGAGGCUUGUCCACUCCCACAUCCCACGACUCCUCGAAAUGCAGGCGAGGGUGCAGCGAGUCGGCGGCGUUGUAGAGCGAGAAGGACGACGCGUGCUGACAGAGCACAAAGUCGGUGCAACGCGUAGCCAAUGGACAUCAGAUGCGGUGGCCGUGCUUGCUCAAGCAACGGGUGCCGCACUGAGGCAGGUGGAUGAUGACGAAGCGAAAGCCAAGAGAGCUCCUACGAUCGAUCAGCCCGACACACACUGUGCAGCCUCUACACUCUGGGCAAAUCUGGAGGCUGACUUUGCAGCGGUGGCCGCACCGAGGCUUGUUGAAUCCAACGCGUUCUCCAACAGUGAGAAGGGAGCGAUACGCGAAGGCCGUCUUCGACAACAACAGCAACGCGUCCUGCAACUAUUUCGCGAGAUCGUGACAACCGUCGGUGCCGAUGCUUUGCCCGUGUGCUCCUCAACCAACUCAUCAUCUGUCAAGCCAGAGAGCACAGCGUGA